UACAUAACGUAGGCUGGAUCGGCAGUGACUGCGCGUAUACGACGUGUUUAUUUUGUAAGCCGGUCGAACAAUAGUACAGGUAAACAAUUCCACGUACAUUCCGGACUUGAGUUGUACUAGAAUCAAAAAUCGUUUGGAAUUUUAAGCAGAAAGUACUACGAAGACUAGACCGAGACACGAUGGUCCAGCUAGCAGUAUAUGCCGCCGACCCAGACGGUCAAAAGCACGGCCUAAAAGACCAGAAGAAGACAUGGCCGCUGGACGAGAGCACAAUGGUGGAGUUACCACUGGAAGACGAAACAACAAUCACCGUGGUCGAGGUGAAACGUACCGGGUGCUGCAGUCGCAAGUGUGCCGUCAUCCUGACCGUAUUGGGGGUGUUGCUCGCGCUGGCCGUCAGUGGGGUGGCCCUGUGGGUGCUCUUGGCUCAACCCGCUUGCCUCUAUGGACCAAAACCACAAGAGGGCGAUGUUGUGUACCCAGAUGAAUCGUCUGCGCCAGAGUUCCCCGACUACGACAAUGACGACCAGCAAGGGCACCACCCUGGCGGCCAUAGUGGCGGACAUAGUGGCGGACAUCAUGGAGGCCAACAUGGCGGCCCCCAUGGAGGUCACCAUGAUGGCGGCCAUCACGGCGGCCACCACAGCGGGCCAGAGGGCGGGGAUGAUCACCAUGACGGUUGGCCAAUCGGUGGACCACACAGGCCCUUCCCACACCACGAAAACCCACAAUAAAAAAAAGAGAUUCAACCCAAAACGACGACGCUGGCUGUGUUAUUUACAUCAAGAGAGCCCUCUGUUGAAACUUUCAAAUCAUGGAGGCAUGACUGAUGUUGUUAUUUUCAUUUAUGUGUAGAUUGCGUUAUAAUACUGCAAUUAUACGUUAUUCCAAUAUGUCAUAAACACCAAUAUUCUUUACGGAAAAUCAGCAUUUCUUACAAAAUUUCAUAAUUUCUUUCUGAUUCACUAAUGUUUUGUUUAACAUUUUUUUAAUUAUGCAAAUAGUGAGAAGUUGCGAGUGCCAAAGUUACGAUCAAAUUAAUUGAGAAAGUAGAAUUAGCUGUUGCUAAGUUUUUUAGAAAGACUCUGCUAGGGUCGAAACGUCAGACCAUUAACUAUUUUUUGCAAGCAAAAUAAUUUAAAGCUAUAUUUAUAACCUACGUCUGCCUGUGAACAUUCUGAUAGAACGAUUUGUUAUUUGUACCUUUCCUUUAAACCGUUUCCAUUCGUUUAUAAGCAGUGUUAUAGAUAAUGUAAUGGUCUUUUAUUUCUCUUUUAAUUUUUCUGAACCAACACCCGUUUUGAAAUAAAUGAACAAA